GAGACUUCAAUAUUUUCCCUAAGGAAGAAAACUACAAAAUGCAGGAGAACAGAUACAACGGAGCACAUGAACUCAGUGGCGGUGGUGGUGGGGGCAGAGGUGGGGAAUGUUACUUCGUUUUCAUGAAGUAUGAUCCUGAAUAUGAACGUCUUCGGGCUGAUCGAUGUGGGGAAGGGGCAGAUGAGGUUGAUGGGUACCUGAGUAGAAAGCACGAUGAGGUUCUGAGGAGGUGGUUGGAGCCUGGCAGUUACAGAAAAAUUUCGUCUUUUCUCAUCGUUGAUGGGUUUUCAGUCGAGAUUAACGAACAUCAGGCAAAUGUGCUUAGAAGUGCAGAGGGAGUAAGGGUGGUGGAGAAGAAUCAAGACCAACCUCUCAUUGUUAAUCCAACAUCAACUGAUUAAAGGUAAUAAUUGAAAGAGCAAGGCCAAAAAAAUACAAAUAAAUAAAUUAAUUAAAGAAUAAUCAUCUUUGGAAUUUUCUAAAUCAAAUCUUUGUAUCCUUAUUGUCAGUACUCUUUUAGUCUUUUGUGUUAGAAUACAUUGAAAUAAUUACAUUUAAUGAUUAUUAUAGUUUAAAUAUAAAA